CCCUUCCAAGACACCAACAAACGCUGCCACCACUGCCAAUCUCACCCCCAGCUCGCCAGUAACCGCUCGCACAGCCGCAACGCAGUCGCAUCCAACUCUUCUGCCUCGCAUCCUCAUGUGGAAGUCCUGCAUGCAUAUUAAGAGGUACUGUCAAUAUCGCAGCAUCUCCUGACCACCUUCGCCCGCCAGCUCUUCCUCAAAAGCCCUUCCACCCACCCCACAAUCUGUGUCGAUUCCACCCUAGAGACUCUCCCCCAUCCACCGCUACCGCCUACAAUGCCUCUGAGAGACUUGCUCAAGAAGAAGGACAAGAUCGAUAGUGAUGUCGCUUUUCAACCGCCUCCCCUGCCUCAGGCGACCGAAUUCACCUUUGUCCGCACCGACACGCAUACAGAAGAAUACAUCAAGCCUCCUGGAUUUGAGGAUGACCCAGAGCUCGCUGCGUCCGUCGAACCCAAGAGUCCUUCUCCAUCGAGACGCUCAUUUGGUCGAUUCCGAAAGAGCCACAGUCCCGGUGCUGCCGACGUGUCUUCCCCAGAGAAAGAAAAGAAGGAACAUCGACGCCUGUCUGAGCGGCUGCAUCUGAAUAGGGAUCGUUCUGCGAGCACGAGCUCGGUCAAUCUGCCUUCUGAUCUCCCCGAAAUUGACGAAACAUAUGCCGAAUCUGGUGAUCGUCAAGAGACAGAAGCGAAGUGGGAGGAACGUGCGACCAUUUUGGCGAGCAAAAGCCCUGCCAUGCCAGCUCAUUCUUUGACAGGCGAGCUAGAGACGCUCAAUUUGGGCCUCCCUGGGCAAUCUCCAUCGCGGCCUCGAAGCAUAAACGACCCAGAGAGCGACAUUGACAUCCAGAAAGCAAUCCAGCUCCACGAGUCUGGUGACCUCAAGGAGGCAACCGAAAUGUUCCACCAACUUGCAGAGUCAGGCAACGUCUUAUCCCAAGUCCUCUACGGCCUGUCGCUGCGGCAUGGCUGGGGCUGUGAGCCUGAUCCUGCAAAAGCAGUCACCUAUUUGUCAGCUGCAGCGUCCAACUCUGCCACCAUUGAAUCUGAUGCUUUGAAAGCCGGAAUGAAAAAGGGAGGCGCCGCCAAGGGCGAGCUGGUGCUUGCAAUCUUCGAGUUGGCAAACUGCUUCCGCCACGGCUGGGGAGUUCCGGUCGACAAAGUUGCAGCAAGGCAGUAUUACGAGACGGCGGCAAAUCUAGGAGAUACGGAUGCCAUGAACGAAGCUGCGUGGUGCUACCUCGAAGGAUUUGGGGGCAAAAAGGACAAGGUGAGUUUCCGCGCUUUUUUCUUCCUCAAAGCUUUGCUUGGAAGCCCAAAAUACCGCAGGCGCCUUGGGAUAUCUGCGUCUCUCGAUCAACGCGUACCCCCCCCUUUCCCUCUUGACACGUGAUGGACGGCAGCGGCGGCGGCAGCAGCAGCAGCCCAGCUGAGCCUCAUCCGCCCCCGAAAGCGGUCCGACCAUGGAGGUUCGGGUGUAACGCAGUCUGACCCAUAUCGGGAGUGCUAUUACUUGGAGGGGGCCCUUCUGACACAAACUUGGGCGUCGUGCGGCCCCCAAAUACGCGAAAUACCCAAAUACAGCUCCCUCUCAAUGGCAGCUUCACUUUGGGCAGCAAUGCAGAAGGCCCUCGUCCACUCAGCAGCCAGCCUCAGCCCCCUUGUCCCCGUACCUUGCAUUAGUCUCAAGUCAUGCUGAACUCCGCGAAUCACGAUCGAUGUUUCUCUCGGAGAAAUAUAUGGCUACUAACACAUGGGGCUUGCGACAUAGUUUAAAGCGGCACAACUUCUCAGAUUGGCCGAAAAGAAUGGUGCAAAGACGUUGGGAAAUUCCUGGAUUUGGAAGGAGAAAUAUGAUCCACCAAAAUGAGACCGUGGCCUUGACCAUCCUCAGUAGCAUGUCGAGGUCACCUUGGACGAUGGCCUGAUGAUCUCUCGAUCCAGAAACCAGGAAAGCUGCGCGAUAUGACUCAAAAUCGAGACGAGGGAGCCGAUGAACCCGACAACAGAUAAGCAAAAUGAAUAAUGACCUUGCCCACGACUGGCUGCUUGGGGCCUAUCUGCCCUGUUCUUGCAUCCCUCGCCUGCGGUCUGCCCAGGCAACCCAGAUCGGGCGACAGCUCUACAGUGCUCUCCUGUUGCCACUUGUUGAUAUCUAACUUCAGAAAGGAUUCGACCCGUGAAACGCCCAGGCACAAGGGUAGACAUGGGCAGCGCCACGGCCCUUUCCCUGCAAUCUAGGUCAAGUUGUUGGUCAGCCGUUGUGGAGGUGGGUGAGGCCGUGCCUGCAUGACGCAGGGGACUUGGAGGGAACUGUGUCUCUUCUCGUCCCUUAGUCCGGGGAUGAACAUCUGAUCACGAUGGUCCGUUCUGGCCGCGCGGUUCUUUCAGGACACGAAAGGUCCCAUCAAUGUUGCCUUUCCUUGGUCAGACCGCGGACCAUUGAAGUUUAUCACGGCCAUCACCGAAGAGUGGUGCCCGUCGACUUGGUUGAAUAUGGAUGGUCAAGCUCCAAGCGAGCAAGCUCGGUGAAACAAGAGACGUCAAAGCAAGGCAAAGCACAUGCCCGUGACAGAAUGUUCACACGGCUGGCCGCCCGGCGGGUUUGGGCCCUCGAAAUCUUCGAGCCUGUUUGGCUUCCUUUCUCGACACCCAGCUCUAGAGAGAUGGUCUUAUAUUGGGAUACGAUAUAGAAUUCAGAACACUUUGGAUUGUCAUUGAAAGAGCUCGCAAGUGGGCCUCGUUUCCCAUUCCAACGAUCCUAUCUGCUGUGCUCGAGACACUGUGCUCGGUGCCCUUUCCUGUGUCUUAUUCUUGC